UUGAACUUCUUCAAAGUUAUUUUUAUUUUUCACAUUCGGCUAUUUUGAAUGAAAGAAUGGAGAAAGAGCAGGAGAUUGACUGGGGAGGAGGAGGAGGAGGACCGGAGGAAGGAGCGACUUCUCAGGAAAAACUGAGUUUAUUGAAGAACGUCCACUCCGGUCUUCCCGACCCGCUUCCUCAUCCCGUCAAACGUUCCGUGAUCGAAGGGGACUAUUUGUACUUUCACUACGGCUGUGACGGGCAGGAUGACCGGGGCUGGGGCUGCGGCUACCGCACCGUCCAGACUCUGUCUUCCUGGCUCCGCAUGAACGGAUUUCCCGCGCGCGGCCCCGCGCCGACCCUCCCGCGCAUCCAGCAGGCCCUGGUGUCCAUGCAGGACAAGCCGGACUCGUUCCGCGGCUCCCGGGACUGGAUCGGGACGUUCGAAGCCUCCCUGGUGCUGGACUUCAUCCACGACGUGCCCUGCAAGCUGGUGCACGUGAGAGGCGGGGCGGCGGAGCUGGAGCGCGUGGCCGCCGAGGAGCUGCACCGGCACUUUCACGUGCACGGCUCCCCCGUCAUGAUGGGAGGGGACCGGGACAACUCCUCCAAAGGGAUCGUGGGGGUGUGCACCGGGGCCGGGGGCAGCCACCUGCUGGUCGUUGACCCGCACUACUAUGGGGGUCCGCCGGAGCGAGCGGAGCUGCAGAGGCGAGGCUGGGUGGCCUGGAGGAGGGUCUCGUCCCUGGACCAGGACUCCUUCUACAACCUGUGCAUGCCGCAGACUACCAGAAAGAGCACAUGAUGGAGAGCAGUCAUGAUUGAGUGGGAAAUGCAUCAGAACUGCUACAGCUGCAGCGCCAUCCAGUGGUUAAAGCCAAUAAAAUGUUGAAAGUAUUCAAAUUCAUGCAACCAAAAUUUGAUUUUGAGUGGAUCAGAUCAUUUCAGUUUUAUUUCUGUAGCAGCAAAUACAACACAGUCACAUUUUACAGAGAAAAAAAAUCUGAACUGAAUCGUUCCCGUUGAGAUCUGAGAAUGGAAAGAGAAAAGGAGAGCGCAGAGAGUAACAUAACUCCUCUCAGUGCAGGUGUGGUGGUGGCAGGAGGAGGAUCAGACCACAAACUUUGAUUUCUGCUGACAGAUCGUGCAGGAAUGAACAGAAACUGAAAAAGGCUGUAGAUGACAGACAAGAGACAAAAUGUUUGAGACUUGUAUAAGUGACACAUGGAGAGUGAGGAAGGCAAGAAACUCGGUGUAGGUCCCUGGACAGUCUUUACCGGUUCAUGAUAAAAUUGAUCAAAAAGACCUGAAUCAGCCCAAACAGUAAGUUUUAUGAAAGGUUGUUUGAAGCCUGUCCUUAAAAAAGAGACUGAGUCAGCUUCACUUACUGAAACUGGUUACUGGUUCCAACUGAGAGCUCUGCCUCCUGUUCCACCAGUACCCAGCAGAGGUGGGACCAAGUCCUUGUUUUGCAAG